GGCCGCCGCCCCGAGUAGCCUCGGGGAAGAGCGGCCGCCCGGCUGCUGCAGGGCCUCGGGCCUUCGGCACCUCUCAUCCUCCCAGGUUGCUGCCUCGCGGUGCAGAACCGUAGGUCUCUCUGAAAGAUGAAUUUGGCUGAGAUUUGUGACAAUGCAAAGAAAGGAAGAGAAUAUGCACUUCUUGGAAAUUAUGACUCGUCAAUGGUCUAUUACCAGGGGGUGAUACAGCAGAUUCAGAGACAUUGCCAGUCCGUCAGAGACCCGGCGGUCAAAGGCAGAUGGCAGCAGGUUCGGCAAGAAUUAUUGGAAGAAUACGAACAAGUUAAAAGUAUUGUCAGCACUUUGGAAAGUUUUAAAAUCGACAAGCCCCCAGAUUUCCCUGUGUCCUGUCAAGAUGAACCAUUUAGAGACCCUGCUGUGUGGCCGCCCCCUGUACCUGCAGAACACAGAGCACCUCCUCAAAUAAGGCGUCUCAAUCGAGAAGUAAGACCUCUAAGGAAAGAAACACCAGGAGGAGGAGCCCGGGGACCUGUAGGCCGAGCACAUCCUAUAUCAAAGAGUGAAAAGCCCUCUGCAAGUAGGGACAAGGACUGCAGAGCAAGAGGGCGAGAUGACAAGGGAAGGAAGAACAUGCAAGACUGUGCAAGUGAUGGUGAAAUUCCGAAAUUUGAUGGUGCUGCAUAUGACAAGGAUCUGGUGGAAGCCCUUGAGAGAGACAUCGUCUCCAGGAACCCCAGCAUUCACUGGGAAGACAUAGCAGAUCUGGAGGAAGCUAAGAAGUUGCUGAGGGAAGCUGUUGUUCUUCCCAUGUGGAUGCCUGACUUUUUCAAAGGGAUUAGAAGGCCGUGGAAGGGUGUGCUAAUGGUUGGGCCCCCAGGCACUGGUAAGACCAUGCUGGCUAAAGCUGUUGCCACUGAGUGUGGCACAACUUUCUUCAACGUCUCCUCUUCUACGCUGACGUCCAAAUACAGAGGCGAAUCUGAGAAGUUAGUUCGUCUGUUGUUUGAGAUGGCUAGAUUUUAUGCCCCCACCACCAUCUUCAUUGAUGAGAUAGAUUCUAUCUGCAGUCGAAGAGGAACCUCUGAUGAACACGAGGCAAGUCGCAGAGUCAAGUCUGAACUACUCAUACAGAUGGAUGGAGUUGGGGGAGCUUUAGAGAAUGACGAUCCUUCCAAGAUGGUCAUGGUGCUGGCUGCUACGAACUUCCCGUGGGACAUUGAUGAAGCUUUGCGAAGGAGGUUAGAAAAAAGGAUAUAUAUACCUCUCCCAACAGCAAAAGGAAGAACGGAACUUCUGAAAAUCAAUCUUCGUGAGGUUGAAUUGGAUCCUGAUAUUCAGCUGGAAGAUAUAGCAGAGAAGAUUGAGGGCUAUUCUGGUGCUGAUAUAACUAAUGUUUGCAGGGACGCCUCUUUAAUGGCAAUGAGACGGCGAAUCAAUGGCUUAAGCCCAGAAGAGAUCCGUGCUCUUUCUAAAGAGGAACUUCAGAUGCCUGUUACCAAAGGAGACUUUGAAUUGGCUCUUAAGAAAAUUGCUAAGUCUGUCUCGGCUGCAGACUUGGAGAAGUAUGAAAAGUGGAUGGUUGAAUUUGGAUCUGCUUGAAUUCCUGUCGGCUCUUUCAUUUCUGGUGUUUUUGUUGAUAAAAUAUGAAGAAAUUCCAGCAAUUUUUUUUUUAAAAAAUAGCAGGUUUGGAACUUUUCAUGGAGAGAUUUUUUUCUUAAAGGAAAAAAAGAAUGUAAAACCACAGAGAAUAUAAAUGUAGCUGAGAAAUAAGAAAAGCUUACAUAGAAAGUCUGGUAUCUGCAUAACCAUGCAUUACUAUUGUCCUCCAAAACCAGAGUAUCGGGGCCCGGAGAAGGCGACCAGUGGCUGUUGUAGAAACUUGUUUACAGAAAAUUGAAAAGGACCUCUGUUUUCUCACUUGCAUGGGUUGUUUUUUGUUUUGGGGGCUUUUUUUUUUUUCUUCCUAUUCUUUGCUUUGAACAUGAGGGACCUACAUCUGUUGACUUUUAACAUCAGGACUGGGUUUUUGUCAGAUCCAUUAUUUGUUGUUAAGAGUGAUGGUUUUAGAUUAAGCAGUGACUCUGCUGCUAAACAUUUAGAAUUCAGUGAGUACUGUUAGAGUCCCUUCUGUAGUUUGAAUUGUUACCUUCCCUUUCCUCACCACUUCUUCUCUUAGCUAUUUACUCAUUUAUUGAUCUCUGAGGGGGAGUAUCUUCUGGCUUUGUGGUUUUUGAACCGUUCUGGCACGUGGCUUCUCUAGUCUCCACUGUUUUGUGCUGGCAGAGUUUCAUCUUGGAAGAGUGGGGUGAACACCGUGCUUGCUGGAUGCUCUUCUUCAUUCCAGAAUUCGGAGUUCGUUUUUGCUUUUCCUUCAAUGUGUGCAACAGAUAAAUCCUUUAUUUUUCUUACCUCCACCGUUGUUUGUUUUUUGCUGAACUCGCCUUUCGCUAUUCUAGAGAAAUGCUUUGGCAUUCGAAACAAGUCCACUCUCCGUUGUGGCUAAUACAAAACAAACAAAGCAAAAGCUUGAUGGUUUUCUAGACAGCUCGUUCUUCGAUAAAAUAACAUUGUUCAUAAUGAACGAUGUUCAGCUGAAAAUUUAAAAAUGACCCCUUGUCCAGGUUGAGAGCUUGUUCAUACGCACUAAGAUUAGAAAUCUGAGGUGCCCAUUCAGUUCAGUAGGAAUUAGAUGGAAGAAGGAGGCCAGAAAAGGAGAGGCCCUGGAUCCAAUCACAAGGAGGGUAGCCUCUUGUUAGUUUUUAAAAAUUACAUGGCUCCUAUUUUGAUGGGGCAGCAGAUACUUUCAUAGUCAGGCAUUUAAAAAUUUGCAUUUGAGGAUAUCCUGAAUUUUCAAUUUCAGAUAAGCAACUACUGGUUUAAAACUAAAACUAAUACAGCUUUUAAACACCUAAAAAUAAACUCUUAGUAUCUUGCUUAAUUUUUUUCCCUGCUGAGAACUGUAUAAUCUUAGAUAACUUAGGUCUGACUUUGAACUGCAGUAUUCUUCAAGGGCUUAAAUUUACCCACCCUUUCCUCUGAGGCAUAGGUUACAAGGAGUUAAAAUCAUGAGAUACCAUGAUUUUAUUUUAAUUGGAUUAGUUCAUCUUAAAAGUUGAAAAGUUUCCUUUUAAUCAUGAACUUUUAAAAUAAAGAAAUAAUCCCACUAAGAUAACCCUGCAGACUCUUGCCAUCCAGUAACUUAUUUUUUCCCUGAAGUCCUAGCGGCAGUCGUUAAAACCUUAGUGUUUUUUGCUAAAACUUGUUUGUGUAUUUUAGUUGAUUAGUUAGAGCAUUUAAAAAUAUUUGUGUCAUUUGUCACGGCUUACAUUUUAAUUUUUAUCUGAAUUCUCAAUGUACCGUAACGUGGUAAUUGUGAUUUUUAAAAAAACUGUCGGUUGAGCAGCGUUUGGAGACUCAAGCUUCCUGGGAGCUUAUCUUGACCAUGUUAAGUUGGUCAGGUGUGCUUUCUUAUUUCGCUGUUUCUCAUUUUGCUGUCAGUGGAUGGUGAAGUCUGUGUCUUCUUAAAGGAUCUGGACGAGAUCCCUGAGGUGUUGUGUCUGAUCUUUAGCGUACACGAUGUGUACAUUGUCUUUAUUGCAAGACUGUGUUGCCUUUCCCAGAAUGAUAAAGUUUGUGCUUUGCUUUGUCUUAUGUUUUCUGUCGCAUUAUUAAAUUAGAAAGAGUUGGUUCCUUUAAUUCAUCUGAAAACCUGAGUGUUUGGAGUUGUGCGACACAGGGCUCUUAAGGACUGAGUUCUGUGCUCUUCCGUCUUGCAGACGUCUGAUCAGACAGACCUCCGCUCAGCAGGCUCGCGGUGGCUGCUUGCUGCGGACACGCCCCCCGGCUGGGGGCUCUGUGACUCACAGAGUUGGUCCAGGCGGUACGGUUCCGACUGGGCUCUUCCUGUAAUUACACGGUGUAGCUUCUGGCUCCACCUAUGAAACAAGUUCAGAUCAUGAACGGAAGGCACCAUGCUCUGCCUGGGCUUUGGCAAGCUAGUAUGUAGAAGUUUUUCUCUUUGUUCCUCUCUAAAUUUGCUUUAAGGUCAGAACUGGUAUCCAGUUGCUUGAGCAGUCUGUUGUAGAUCUGGCUAUUUCCACUCUUUUUGUCAUUUCCCAAGCUGCAUGUUUUAUUUGUAAACACAUACACAUAUAAUUAUGGCAAACAUGUGGACGUGUUACGUGUUUCUUGCCAACAUUUUUCUAGCAUAAUUCCUUUAUUUUUAAAAGGAAAUUAAUAUUAAUGGAAUGUGCCAGGCAAGUGGCUUUCUCAUGUGGGCUGAAACCGUCUUUUGACCCAAGUAGGAGAUAGACGAUGGCAUUGCAGACUUCCUCUCCCAGUCCCCAGCCGUGUAGGCAUCUAGAAUGACCAGACACACUCCGGGCUCCAGGCUCUGCCUCCAGAAAUGCCAAGACAACUAGGAAGAGGUAACGUGUUGUGGUCUAGCUGCCUAACAGGGGGUUUUGUUUGGGCGCUGAAGAUUGCAGUUUUUCUGAUGUGACAUUCGACUGUCAAAAAAUUGGUUGAAAUCACUGAUUACUCAAACUGUGAGCAAACGAGUGUCUGGUGAAUCUAGUAUAAACAAACAUACAGCUACGUCAGGAAAAAUGUGUGUUUACAGCCCAGAUUUUCAGUAUAAUUGUCACUCUUUCACUUCUCUACAUGUAGCCUGAUUCUUUUGAACGUGAGAUUAUUGAUACUGUAGGUUGUGAACAGCUUGUGUUUGUUCGAAUUCCUUCCUUGGAAGUUUCUGUGUACCCUGCUGAAUCUAGGACGAGCAUCAAAGACCAGGUGACAGUUCUCUUUCACUUUCCCGACCCAAGGACCCUGAGGUGAAGUGAAGGGCUGAGGCAGGUAUUGCGCCUUGUGUGGGAUUCGGCUUCUGUGUUGGCUUGACUCUUGAGUCUUUUUGGCAUAAUAGUAGAUUCCCACUCUUCCUUUUCUCUUGUUAAUCUGAGUCACCUUAGGAUAUGUCUUGUAUAAUAGGCAUAAAAUGUUAAGGAUGAUUGCUGGCCUUUUCUAAGAAAAGGCUGCUUUAACUAUAUGAAGAAACAAUAGUAAUUAUUCUUUUAACAUUUGUAUCUUCCGUCCCAUAACUGUUUUGAUUGUAUAGUAUAUUUAUAGCACUUACUUUGUGAUGGACAUAAUGUUUAGGAGAAUCUAGACUGUCACAGUAGAAAAGGGUAGGAAUUACAGGGGAAUACAAACAUUUUAAAGCCCAAAUAAUUGUAUUCUCAGCUCCACUAAUUAUUUUUUUGCAGACAAAGCUAAAAAAACUGUUAUAAUUGCUAUGUUUACUUGUUUAUGCUUGUAAAUUAGGCUUUUUGUACUUAUUUAAUUUUUUAGAACAUUUGCUUUUAAUAUUGUUUUCUCUUGUGGCAACUGUAUGGCUACUUAAAAAAUUAAGUCCCUAAGAUAACAUAUGUUUUUAAACAUUCAUAAAUUAACAAUAAUUCUUUGAAUUUUUAUUAGGUUUUUUGGCUUUGGGCAACUCUUUAGCUUUAGCAAUAUUUCUGAAUUUUCAGGUGACUUGUUAAUAAAAACAGGAAAGAUGUUAAGAAUAUUAAGGGAACAUCGUCAAAUUUAUUCUUUUUAGUUUACAUUUCUCGUUUCUCGAUUGACUUGACUUUAUUUGUGUACAAAUAACCUAGAUUCUGCUUUGUCGCCAACAGUGUGUAGGUUUCUGUACAUUUGGAAAUUUGGCAUAACAAAUAGGGAAUUAACAUGGAGGUUUUCUUCCUAGGAAAGGCCUCCCGUUUGAUUUUAUGUUCAAAACUAUAAAAUGCACUUUUGUUUUACAACCUCUGAAGUGACUAAAUGUUGCCCUUUGGAAAACCUGAGUGUUUGCACACGUUAUUUCCAAAGUCUGCCUCAGUGAGCCAGGCUUAGGUUUAGGUGGGGAUGCAUUGAAACCGUACUGAAAUUUAGUUUGUCAUCUACGCAGGUUCAUUUAAGUGCUUCCUCUCUCUCCUAACUUUUUUUAACACUGAAAUUUUAACUUAAGAUAUCUGCUAUUCUUCCUCUGGCAAAGCCGUGUAUACCAAACUAAGCCUCUGGGGAACGUCUGCCUUGGUCCUCCCCUCGUGGGUGCGGCCAGCUGCCUCACCCGGAUGUGCUGGAGCAGCUGCAGACACGGCCCCCUCCUCGCAUCUUCCGUAGCCUCACAGACACAGACUCUUGUGACCGCGUUGAAGAUCUCGGGACCUAAGGGCUCCUGGGUCCGUUCUUCAAGGACUCGAGUGCUGUAUGAAAAUGCACAGAGGUGGACGCGUGGCUCUUCACGCAGCGGCAGCCAGCGCGCGUGCCUCUGGUGAACAUUGUGCAGACAGGGUCCCGCGAGAUCCGUGUGUAUUCUGAGGGCUUUUAAGUGUUCCGCUAAGAUUUUUUGUUCCAGUGUCUGUCUGCCAGUAUUUUGAACCUAACUUAAAGAAAAAAAUGUUUCUAAAGUGUAUUUAUUAAAUGUGCAGCUACAUUGCUAGUGCCACAAGCUUAGCUGUAUCUGUGCAUAGAUUGUAAUUUGGUAAUAAAUUUCUAGAGUGCUGCU